CUUCAAGAUAUGCAGUCCACAACUGACCUUCACCCCGUCCCCUGCCACAUGAUCUAAGUGGACAGAUGAUACUGCCACCUCCUAAAACUGUUGCCACAAAGACAGCGAGGAGGAAGUAGACUGGUGCCAAACUGUGCAUCAUAAGUCUCUGAGGCUGGGUAGUGAGAGGACAGCUGUUUGAGAUAUGCCUUCACCCCCCAAUGAUGAAGACAGUCAAGGAACGUCCUCCAUGAACAUGCCACCGACACUGCCUUAUCAGAAUGGAGUAAAGAGAAAGGCCCACACCAAGAAGAAGAAGAAGGGUUUCAUCACAGCCAAUGUUGCAGGAGCAAAAUAUGAGAUUGUUCGUAUUGUCAUUGAGGAGAUGACCUUUCAUAAAGCCAGAGAAGAUGAUGAUGGCCAAUCACCUGCUGUGCAACAUGAGAAAAUCGCUGAGCUUUUUCAGCGAUCAGGUAUUAGAAUAAACUAUUUCCCAGGAAUGGGUGAGAUCUGUCGGAAAGACUGCUUGGCAAGGAACAUGGCCAAAAUGAAUAAAAGUCAGCCUCAGGAAUAUAGCUUCAUCCCCAAAACCUGGAUCUUCCCAGCCGAGUGCACGCAGUUCCAGAACUAUGCAAAGGAGCUGAAACGAAAACGGAAGCAGAAAACAUUUAUUGUUAAGCCUGCAAAUGGAGCCAUGGGCCAUGGGAUAUCUCUGAUUCGGAAUUGUGAAAAGCUCCCGGUGCAGGAUCACUUCAUUGUGCAGGAAUACUUAGACAAGCCCUUCCUCAUGGAGGGCUACAAGUUUGACCUGAGAUUUUACAUUCUUGUUACUUCCUGUGAUCCGCUACGUGUCUUCCACAACGCCGGCCUGGUGCGAAUGGGUACAGAGAAAUACCACAUGCCAAGCGAGUCAAACCUGAAUCAGCUGUACAUGCACUUGACCAACUACUCAGUAAACAAACACAACGAGAACUUUGAGCGAGAUGAAACGAUGGACAAAGGCAGCAAGCGCUCUAUUGGUUGGUUCACAGAGUUCCUUCGAACAAACAAUUAUGACGUGGCCAAAUUCUGGGGUGAUGUAUCAGAGCUGGUGGUAAAGACCCUAAUAGUGGCUGAGCCACAUGUGCUUCAUGCUUACCGUAUGUGCCGCCCAGGCCAGCCACCAGGGAGUGCUAGCGUCUGCUUUGAGGUGCUGGGUUUUGACAUUAUACUAGACCGCAAGCUCAAGCCCUGGCUACUAGAGAUCAAUCGUGCCCCGAGUUUUGGGACAGAUCAAAAGUUUGAUUACAACGUGAAAAAGGGGGUUUUGCUCAACACCCUGAAACUCCUCAACAUCAGAGCCAGUGAUAAACAAAGGAAUUUGGCCCAGCAGAAGGCUGAAGCCCAGCGACGACUGUAUGGAAAUGGGUCAGUGCGGAAACUGACGGCCGGAUCAUCAGAAUGGGAGAAACAACGUCACCAACUAGAGCGCAGGGGAGAAAAACUGAAAGAAAGACUGGCCCACAGGUCUGUCUGCAAACAGGUCUCUAGGGAUGAGCACGAAAAGCGGCACCUGGGGAACUACAGGCAGACCAGGCCGUUAAAUCAGAUAAUCAGUCUGAACAUAUAUGAGAGUCUCCAUUCAGCUGCCUUUCAGACAUUCCUCGCUGGGCGCGCAGCUUCACUUCAAAAGGAAAUGAAUAAUCCACUGAAAUGAAUGAAGGAGGAAGAUAUCCUAGAUCUCCUGGAGCAGUGUGAACUGGAUGAUGAGAAACUGAUGGGAAAAACCUCCAAACAGAAAGGACCUAAGGUCCUGUCAUCCAUGCCUGAGAGCAGCCCAACACCCCGAGGGAACAGGGACCCUGAAGACUCUUCGCCCAGUUGCAGCGACAGCAGCUCUGGUUCUGACGCUGAUGGAGAAGAUGAGAGCAGCAGCAUCACGCAAGAGAAACUCAAUCGCCAUGAGCGCUCCAGUCGUGCUCAUUGGAAACCUGCCCCUAAACCAAUGCGAGGUCCUUCCUCCUCGCCCAAUCUUUCUGGGCUUAUUCACCGCUCCAUGUCCUGUCCACGCCCCAUAUCCUCUCUGACUGCGCAGUCACUUACCAAUGAGACCAGGCGGCCAAAAACAGCCACUCACAUGCCUAAUGCAUUGACUGCGACACCUGAAACUGCAGCCAUCAUGAUACAGAUAACUUCGAUUCGCCUCAACACAGCAUGUCGCUCCCAUUCGCUCAGUCGAAACAGUUCUACAAACAGAGUUCUAUACAGCAGCAGUCUAGGUGCCAUUCACCCUAAUACGGGGGAGACCCCGGUGAAUAAAGAGCAGAAGGCCGAGCUGAUGCAGCAGACGCUGGCUGCGCUCGGUGAGAUGAGGAUUCGUUACCCGGGGAAGAGUGAGGAGGAGGCGGAGGCCAUUCUGAACAACUGGAAAUACCAUAAAUCAAAAGUGGCAUCUUACUGGCUGGUGAAGUUAGAUGCAAACAAACAAAGGAAGGUUUUGGAUAUUGUUCGUACCAACAUCUGCUCAGUGCUGCAGAGAAUUUGGAGUGAACCGGAUGUGGAGAGUUUACGUCUUUAUCGCCAUUUCAACUAGAGUCAUGGUCAGGGGCUCUGGAACCGCCUCUCAAGCUCUGGGUCAUCAUGGGAGUGUUUCAAUAAGAGCAGUGAGGUGGUGACCACGCAGGAGCUGAGGUGCUGCCAGCGUGUCGUCCAGUUUUGUAGAGACUGUCUGCUUGUAGUCUACAAGUUUGUGGCUGACUCCCGUGGAAGCCUCAAUUUUCUCUCAAAGUUCUGGCCAAACCCCAUGUCUGAUUCCUCUCUCCGUCUGUGUAGGUAUCUGCUGCCAGUCAUCUCCCAGUUCAUUAUCAAGUGGCCGUCAUCUAGCUUCGGCCGCUCAAUGUCCUCCACUUGCCCACAAAACAUCUUUACUGCACGGAUGGGUCACUUCUCAUGGCCACUGGACUCCAACACCUACUGGGGGAGACCAUAUCCAGACUUUAGAUAUCCAGACUUUAGAUAUCCAGACCUCAGAUAUCCAGACCUAAGGGCAUAA